ACUGCCUAGUGACCAGGAGUUUGGAGCAGGUUUGGUGCUGGGGGGUGGAGAAGGGGAAGCACAGAGUGAAGAGGCCUGGGAGGGGGUCGCGGCAGACGUCGCCGCCCAGAUGGCCUCCAGGCUGACCCCGCUGACCCUCCUCCUGCUGCUGCUGGCAGGGGACAGAGCCUCCUCAAAUCCUGAUGCUACCAGCCAUAACUCCGAGGAUCCAGAGAGCCUGCAAGAGGAAAGCAAAGGCAUUAUCUUCGAGGGAGAUGUCCCCAGCAGUCUACCCACUCAACAUAUUGCGGAGUCUUCCACCUGGCCAACGACCAACUUGACAACCAGCUCAUCCACCAUAUUAACAGCUAAUACCAUUAGUGAAUCCACCACCCAAGCCUUCACCCAACACACCCAACCAACCACCCAGCUCCCCACCACUCAGCCACCAACUGAGCCCUUCUGCCCAGGGCCUGUCACGCUCUGCUCUGAUGUGGACAAAAAAUCAUCGGAGGCCAUCUUGGGAGAAGCCCUGAUAGAUUUCUCCCUGAAACUCUACCAUGCCUUCUCAGCCACCAAGAAGGUCGAGACCAACAUGGCCUUUUCCCCAUUCAGCAUCGCCAGCCUCCUCACCCAGCUCCUGCUUGGGGCUGGGGACAGCACCAAGAGCAACCUGGAGAAUGUCCUCUCCUACCCUGAGAACUUUGCCUGUGUCCACCAGGCCCUGAAAGCGUUCACAUCCACAGGUGUCACCUCAGUCUCUCAGAUCUUCCACAGCCCAGACCUGGCCAUAAAGGACAUUUUUGUGAGCACCUCUCAGAGUCUGUACGGCAGCAGCCCCAGAGUCCUGAGCAAUGACAGCCAUGCCAGCCUGGAACUCAUCAACAACUGGGUGGCCGAGAACACCAACCACAAGAUCUCCCAGCUGCUGGACAGCCUGCCCUCUGACACCCGCCUUGUCCUGCUCAAUGCUAUUUACCUGAGUGCCAAGUGGAAGAAAACAUUUGAUCACAAAAAAAAGAUGGAGUCCUUCCACUUAAAAAACUCUGUGAUAGAAGUGCCCAUGCUGAGUAGCAAGAAGUAUCCUGUGGCCCAUUUCACUGACCCAACUUUGAAGGCCAAGGUGGGGCAGCUGCAGCUCUCCCACAACCUGAGCUUCGUGAUCAUGGUGCCCCAGAACCUGAAGCACCAUCUUGAAGACUUGGAGCAGGCUCUCAAUCCCACGGUUUUCAGGGCCGUCAUGAAGAAGCUGGAGUUGUCCAAGUUCCAGCCCACUUACCUGAUAAUGCCCCGCAUCAAAGUGAAGAGUAACCAAGACAUGCUGUCAAUCAUGGAGAAAAUGGAAUUCUUCGACUUUACGAGUGACCUCAACCUGUGCGCACUGACGGAGGACCCGGAUCUUCAGGUGUCGGCGAUGCAGCACCAGACCUUGUUGGAGCUCACUGAGACAGGUGUGGAGGCGGCGGCAGCCUCCGCCGUAUCUGUGGCCCGCAACCUGCUGGUCUUUGAGGUGCAGCAGCCCUUCCUCUUCUUGCUCUGGGACCAGCAGCACAAGUUCCCUGUCUUCAUGGGACGGGUGUAUGACCCUAGGGCCUGAGUCCUGCAAGGGGUCGGGUUAGCACAAGCCCUACCAUCCAAGCCUCAGCUCCCCCCAUUGCAGCCCUACCACUGCCUGCCUGGACUUGUCCUGGGGCUCCAUUUCCCACCUGGAGGGAUCCCUCAGGGUGUGGCAGAGGGACCUGCUCCCCCAUGGCCCUGUCAUGCUCUCCAAAUCACUUUUUGCAGCUUUCUCUGGUUCAAGUUCACCAGACUCUACAAAUAAAACCUGGCAGACUAUG